CACACACAUACACCACAAAAAACGGCCAACCUAAAACCAAACACUUUAUACAUGUAACCAUCGUAUAAAACCUUACUAAUGUCUAAUAUCGAACUGACCACCCAAAACCAAAACUAACAAUGUUCAACCGCCCAAAUUCUUUUUUUCUUUUUUUUUUCUUUCCUUUUCACCGAUCUAUACAUAUAUAGACUGGGCUCUCCUGAACGCAAACCUCCAAAUGCUCUUCAUAGAUCCCGUCCUGGAAUCCCACCUAAAAGAUCAAGCUAAAGAUUUCAUCGGAUCUUCGCUUCUCGACUGGGUUCAUCCAGACGAGAGGCAAAAUGCAUCUGUGGAUCUGUUCGAUGUAGUGGAGAAGCAGGCCGUUCAUGGGACCGUUACGCGAAUAAAACUCGUCCGAGCGUCGCAGAUCCGUGUGGAAUUAGGCUCCCCCAUCAAAGAUACGUUCCCACAUGCCCGGCAGGUUGGAUACGAUGAUCUGUACAUACCGUGUGAUGUGGCGGUAAAUUGGGUUGGGGAGAAUUUGGUUCUUUGUUUUAUGCAUGCUGUUAUUGACGUCUCCCCUGCAAGGGAUAAUGAUGAGAGGCACAAGAGCCACUGGACGAAUUGGUGUGGGUCCGUUCCGCUCGAUAAGGAGCAUGUAUCCCUGCUGCAUGAGCGUCUCUUCAAGGCCGAUCACUAUUGCCCGCCACACCCUCAGUUCCCUUACCCACCUCACCUUGCGUCAUCACCCAAUUUGUCACCCAAUCCAAAUCCCCAUUCUUCAUCGUCUUCAUCUUCAUCAGCGUACGGAUACACAUCGCCAAAGAGGAUAUUUCAAGUAUUACAAAAUACGUCUCAACCUAGCGGUGGGAGGAAGCUGUUAUUUGGCUGGCCCGAUGAGGGCUAUCAGCCUAGUGAUUUCGGCAAGUUGGCGCAAGAUGUGGAGUUGACCCCUCAGAAGAACGAGUCUUCAAGAGGCGGAGGGGAUUACGAUGAUGGAGUGAGCAGUAACGGGAGUUAUACUUUGGGGAACCGUGAUUCGUCCAGUGAUCAUGUCCCUCAACAACAGGCUCGGACGUCGUGCACGCGUCGAUACGCUUCUUUGCAGACGAUUCAAACGGGAGGGAUGAACAAGACGGUCGAAAGUAUAUUCAUACCCCAUGGGGGGGUGAUAUUUACGUGUCAUGUAGUUGUGGAGGAGAAACCGAUUGUGGUGCCAAGUCGGUUUGGGAUGGGGAUGGGAGUUUAUUUGCCCCCUGCCAACAUUACGGUUCAACCACCUCCCAUUCAUAACCCUCCUAUUGUUCCUCACCAUCCUUCCAUCACGACGACGAUUACCACAGCUCAGAAUCAUCAUAAUCAUAUGGCUCUGUCACCGAUGGGGACGGGGGUAGGGACAGGGGUUUAUCAUGGAGCUGGGUCAGAUGAUGUGGCGGUGGGGUAUAGGAACCAACAACAUCAUCACCAUCAAGGUUCAUCGUAUCCUUCGCAACACUUAAAUCCCCACUCGUAUCAGAACUCUCAUCGACAUCAUUCGUCGUUAGUUAUGGAAGAACAACCCCCGUAUCCGUAUACGAGCGUUGCGCCUGCUUCUACGCUUUUGUCUCCCGUUCAGGAUCAGUAUCCUUUAUCUACGUCACCGUCUAUAUCUUUCUCGAAUUCGACUGCUGGUGCGGGUUCCGUGACGAGGACAGGAAGACAGCAUCAUCGGAACAACAAUGGAGGAGGGACGGUCGAUUGGACGAGUAAGGCUCAAGGGAGGAUCGCUAGGGCUGAGUACGAUAUUCAUCCCUAUCCACCGCGGGGGACAGGAUUUAGCCCUUCCACUACGUUGAGUGGGGGAGGGAGAGGACCCUCAUCUCCUGGCGGAUCGAGUUCGACUUCGAGUUCGUCGAAGGAAGGGAGGGGAAGUGCGUCUCCUGGGGGUGGGAGGAGAAAGAUGGGAUUACCCUCUUUGAGAUAUUCUUGGAGCGUCGAUGGGGCGACCAAAGGUGGUAUUGUCGGGAAUGGUCAUGCUCAUUCUCACAAUACGAGGAGGAAUAGUAGUACGGGCAUUGGCGGAGGCGCUACUGCAUAUGGACAAAGUCACUCUGCUGGUGGAGGAGCGGGUGCGGGAAUAACUACAGCAAUGACUGGCACUACUACGACUACGACUACGAUUACGUCUGCGAGUGUGAGUAGAGGUGGGAAUCCUCCGAACGGGGUUAUGCGGUGUGCGUUUUGUGGGACGACCAGUUCGCCUGAGUGGAGGAAAGGGACGACGGGGAUCAAGAAUUUAUGUAAUGCGUGUGGUUUGCGGUACGCUCGCACAAAGCAAAAGGAAGAGGGAUACAUUCCUAGCCGGAGACGGCCUGCUAAUAAUUCACAAGUCAUCACUGGCGCCGCUUCGGGAUCUGCUGCAAGUGUGCUGAGCUCGGGUAGUGCCGGUGGGAUGUCAGGUGGAUCAAGUAAAGUUGCGAAACGGGCCGAGGGAAUGACGCCGAGAGGGACGCUCGUUGAGCAAGAAGCUGCGAAGGCCUUUGAGGAUGCUAUUGCCAAUGCGUCGGCUAUUCCUGGUGUUGGCGUGGGCUUGAAAGUACCGAUGGAGGAGGAUAUGGCGAAGAAGUCGGAAUCGCUCGCAAUUUCGCUUUUGUCGUCUGUUGGUGAAGGUCAAAUUGGCAAUGGAGGGAAUGGGGUGGUGGGGGGAGAGGGGGGAGUGAGACUGCCGCCCAUCUCGUUGCUGGAGACUAGUCGUGAUAAUUGACUCUUAAGCUUGUUUUCCAUUUCUGUUCCGUAUUCGUCCGUUUGCGACCGCGAGUUUUCGUUUGCUCGUUCUGAUCCUUCGUUCUCGUCUCGACGAUGAGGUAGCUAUCUGUCGUCUCUG